UUUUGUUUUUUUGUUGUUGCAAUUUUUGGCUGGGGCUGGGUUUGAACCCGCCACCUCCAGCAUAUGGGGCCAGCGCCCUACUCCUUUGAGCCACAGGCCCUGCCCUUCUGGUACUUUCAGGUUGAACUCUUGCACUGCCACCCCCAAGGCUGGGGGUGUUGAGGCCCAGAGAGGGGAAGUAACUAGCCCUGCUCCACCUGGAAAACCCUCGUUCUCUGGGUGGGGCUAGACUAAGGGUUGGGGACCGGGAUACAGCUAUCCUAUGCACCUGGCCUGGUCGCAGCCUGGAGCACUUGGUGCCGCGGACGCCAGGGGUCUGGCCACCAGCGCCAGGUGAGCUGAGGUGCGCCCAGAGGCACCGGGCUGGUGGAUUCUGUCAGCUGGGGCGGCGUCCGGCGAGCUCCGCCCUGUCUCCCAGGCGGGCUUUCCUCGACGGGGCGGGGCGGGCCCCGUGGCGCGCGCUGUGCAGAGCGCGUGGAGCCGGAGAGCUCCCGGGUCCGCACGCCUGUACCGAGGGCCCAGGGCGGGGCGAGGCCAUGGAGCCCUGGCCCGGGGGCUGCGCGGCAGUUGUGGCUGCGGUGAGUAGGGACGCAGGAAGCAGGGGACAACUUCGAAAUUGCCCUCUGUCUGGGCUUCCAGGGCCUGGGGCAAGGAAGGGGCUCCAGGCCAGUCUCCAUACUGGCCCCGCUGGGGACUGGGCGGACCGCCCCUUGCGACCUGGUUAAGAGGAUCUGCCCGGACGGGGGCCCUCCCAGGGGCUGAGAGGAAACCCCUCCCAGGGGCCAGAGAGUUCUGGGGCCUCCAGGCAGUACAGGGUCUGUUCCCCACUUCACAGAAAGCAUGGGUGGGGGAGGGGUGCGGCCUGAUUCCUCCCUGGCAGAGGGGAAGCUCCUCCGGUGCUGCAGGCAGUAGCCUCCUCUCUGGCUCCUCCAAAGCCGGGUCUGUGCACUGGGUGAAGGAAGUUAGUCUCACACCCGUUCCCCCACUCCACCCGUGAAUGCAGAUGGUAGGGCCUCUGAGAUGGAGGAGCCUGGGCAGGGAGAGGUCCCCAAAGGACAGUCACCAAGCAAUACCCUCCCCCAGGCGUUUGUUCUUGUGCUGCUGGGUCCCCAGGCUUGGGGCAGCACUCUGAGCCCCAACUGUGACUGUGGCAGUGAUUUCCAGAAGAAUGGUACAUUUUGUUGCAGGGGAUGUCCAGCAGGGCACUACCUGAAGGGCCCCUGCAAAAAGCCCUGUGAUACCUCCACAUGCCAUCUGUGUCCACCGGGCAGUUUCUUAGCCAGAGAGAACCACAGUGAGAAGCAGUGUUCCCGCUGUCAGGCCUGCGAUGAGGAGGCCUUCCAGGUGGCCCUGGAGAACUGCUCAGCAGUGGCAGACACCCACUGUGGCUGUGAACCAGGCUGGUUUGUCGAGUGCAAGGUCAGUCAGUGUAGCAACAGUUCACCCUUCUUCUGUCGCCCAUGCCUAGACUGCGAGGCUCUGCACCGCCAUACACUGCUGUCCUGUUCCAGCAAAGACUCUGACUGUGGGACCUGCCUACCUGGAUUCUAUGAGCAUGGUGAUGGCUGCGUACCCUGCCCCACGAACACCCUCGGGAGCUGUCCUAAGCCCUGUGCUGCUGUUUGUGGCUGGAGGCAGAUGUUCUGGGUCCAGGUGCUCCUGGCUGGCCUGGUGGUCCCACUCCUCCUCAUGGCCACGCUGACCUACACGUACCGCCAUUGUCGAUCUCAAAAGCCCAAGUUUCCCACAGGUGAACCUGGGAUGGAGGCUCUUACCCCACCGGCCUCCCACCGCUCACCCUCAGACAAUGCCCACACCCUUCUGGUGCUCCCAGACAACCCUAAGGCCUGCACGGUUCAGUUGCGAGACGACAGCUGGACCCUUAGCUCCCCUCGGACCCAGGAGGCGCCCUGUCCGCAGGUGACAUGGCCUUGGGACCACCUGUCCAACAGAGCUCUUGGCCCUCCUCCGGCGCCGGUGCUUUCGUCAGCGCCCCCUGCAGACUCUCCCGCGGCUGUGCUGCAGCCUGGUCCGCAGCUCUACGACGUGAUGGACGCUGUCCCUGCGCGGCGCUGGAAGGAGUUUGUGCGCACCCUGGGGCUGCGGGAGGCCGAGAUCGAGGCUGUGGAGGUGGAGAUCGGCCGCUUCCGAGACCAGCAGUAUGAGAUGCUCAAGCGCUGGCGCCAGCAGCAGCCUGCCGGCCUGGGCGCGGUCUACGCAGCUCUGGAGCGCAUGGGGCUGGACGGCUGCGCUGAAGAUCUGCGCAGCCGCCUGCAGCGCGGCCCGUGACGUGCU